AUGGAAAAUAUAAAUGGGACAAGCAUAUCAGAUGAAAUAAAUAAUAGUUGGCAGAACGAGAAAGGAGACGGGCUUGAUGGAGGGGGAAUUGGGGAAAAGGAAAAUUGCGAGAAAAUGGUUAAACAGGAAGAUGAAAAAAGGGUUAAAAGGGGAAACAAAAAAAGGGUUAAAAAGGAGGAUAAAAAAAAAAAUAUUGAAGGAGAUGAAAAAAAAAAUAUUGGAGGAGAUGAAAAAAAAAAUAUUGGAGGAGAUGAAAAAAAAAAUAUUGGAGAAGAAGAUAAAAAAAGUGUUGAAGAAGAAGAUGAAAAAAAAAAUAUUGAAAGAGAAGAUGAAAAAAGUGUUGAAAAGGGAAAUGACGAGAAGAAUGUUGAAGAGAGUGACGAUAAGAAUGACGAAAAAAAUGUUGAAGAGAAUGACGAAAAAAAUGUUGAAGAGAGUGAAGAUAAGAAUGUUGAAGAGAAUGAAGAUAAGAAUGUUGAGGAGAGUGACGAUAAGAAUGUUGAAGAGAAUGACAAUUCUAAGUGUAACGAUUGCGAGCUGCAAAAUAAAAAAUUAAGAUCCUGUGGAAAUAACUGGAAAGGGAGUAACACAUUUAGUAAAUUAUUUGAAAACGAAACAAACGAUUAUAUAAAAUAUAAUACAAGCCCAGGAUUGUUAGAAAGAAGCGAAAAUAUAAAUGAUAAACAAAAUAGUAAAGAAAAUAGCAAAGGAAAUAUUUGCUAUCAGUUAAAUAAAACAGACCAAAUUAGUAUGUAUAAUUUUAAUCCUUAUCAAUUAGGAUAUCGACCAAAUAAUGGCUUAAACCCAUCACAAGGUUACGUAUUUAUAUAUCCCCAUACAACUAAAAAUUCUAAACCGCCAAAAAUAAGAAAAAAAAAAUUAUCAUGUUGUUAA